UUUCUUAAACAUCAGCGUUGCUUCACCGUGGUUAGCGACCAUACCAAUCAACCAAAUGAUGGAGCAUAGGUACUCGUUCGGCGCACAAUUUAACAUUUUUUAAUUUAAUUAAAGAGUACAUGCACCAUUCAUGAGUUAUAGGAUACAUAAACAGAUCGAAAAAAUCGGUAUUUUUUGGGGAUAAAAUGUUAUAUCCUGGUGACACACGUAGCAAUUUUGUUUUUUACAUGUUUAAACCAAUGUAUGAGCCUUUCAGCUGACAGAAUGACUAACUCUAAUAUCUACAUUCUUUAGUAUUAAUUUUAUUGAUAUUUCUAGUGAGAAAAUUCAUACCUUUAUUCAAAGUUCUAUAUUUCAACAUUGCAAUAAACUACUCUAGAAGCAAUUUACUCACUGUCGGUAUAGAUAUUAUAAAUUUUCCAACUAGAAAUAUCACUAAAACGACUUUACUCAAAAAUUUUGAAAUUGGAGUUAGUCAUUCUGUCAACUGAAAGGCUUAUAUAUAAUUUAAAAACUUUUCCCAUAUUUUUCGCAAUAGAUUUCCCGUUUCGAUCCUUAAGUUACUGGCCUAAAGUUCUUUAAAUCAGCGGAAAUUAUUUCAUGUAGCAUGAACAUCGGAUGGCAGACUCUCAUUUGUGAAAUAUAAAUAUUAUAAAUAUUCAAGAAAUGGUUUCAAAAUUUUCAUCAGAUGUCAAUCUCGGGCUAUGAGGAGAGGAAACAGAAUUUAGUUGGAUCCAUCGUUGAUAAUAAUGGGGAAGUUGGGCUUGUAAUUCCAAUAUUUCAACUUCACAUAAACUAACUACCCUUAUAGUGGACUCAUAAUUUGGGAUAAAAACGCCCUGAUAAAAAAUAUAUCACAAAAUCCUGACUACGUCAUCCAAGAUAACAACCAGCCAAUUGUAUCCGUCUCUACAUUUAUCAAUAAUGAUUCUUAAGUGAUAAAAUUUUUACUAAAGAUAAAAAAUAAAAAUAAAAUCAAGUGAUAUAGAUCUGCAUAAAUACAAUUUUGCUAAAAGCCAAUAAGCAGAUAACUAAUGUCUAGCCAAUAUGAGCAAUAAGCUAAUUAUUUAUUUUAAACUAAAUGCAUGAAUGUCACCAACUUUUAUUUAAAAAUUAUAGAUUAAUGAAAAAUAAAUGUUAUAUUUUGGUCAGGAAAUUAAUUGUCAUAUUAGUUAUUACUUGAAUGUACCAUUAAAAAAAUCUUCGAUUAUGUAUUUUUUUUAAUUAAUUAAAAAAGCAAUAUUUUGGGUUACCUUAAUUUCGUAUAAUUCCUACAGUUAGACAUACCAAAUGAAAAAAUGAAUAUUAAAAGAAAAAAAAAUUAUUUAUGCUUAAUUUAGAUUUUAUUUUUAUUUUAUUUUAGUUGUCAGAUACGAUUUUAAAAUCAUAGACGGCUUUUAAUUUCUUUAAAUCUUACAUUUUAAAUUGGCCAGAAAACUAAUUCUUAAAUUCAAUCCAAGCUAAGAGUUACACAUAAAAGUUAUUAAUUAAAUGCAACAUUAAAAAAAAUACUCGAUUAUGUAUUUUUUUAAUUAAUUAAAAAAGCAAUAUUUUGGGUUACCUUAAUUUCGUAUAAUUCUUACAGUUAGACAUACCAAAUGAAAAAAUGAAUUUUAAAAGAAAAUAAUUUAUUUAUGCUAAAUUUAUAUUUUUUUAUAUUUUAGUUGUCAGAUUAAGAUUUUAACCUGACCAGCUGCACCUUAACAUCUCAGCCGCACCAGACAGCUCGGAAAUACCGGUGGUUUUUUUUCUUCUUUUUUUUUAGCAUUCUACCAGGAUUUCAAGUCCAUUCAACAACUCUUAACGUUUUACAAUUUUUUAUAUAACUUUUUCACAGUGGAAAUCAGAUUUGUACUAUUUUCCUUUCUUCUUUUUUUUUUUUUGGCGGAAGGACAUGUUGUUGACCAAAAAAUGUAAGUUGGUAACCCACGGCUGUAAAUCUGCUCAAGGUUAGCAUAAGAAUUGUAGAUUUACCUACUUCUUCACUGUGUGAAGUGUGUCGUAAUGUAUGAAUAUACAUAGGCAGAUUAAAUAACUAUUAUGCAAAGUAUAUUGGUCUUAUUUAUCCAACAAUUUUGAAAAUAUAAACAGUUGUAUUUCAACAACUUCUAAACCAUAAAUUUAUAAACUGAAAGUUUUAAACUAAAAAUUGGUUGGUUUUAAUUAUUAUUUCAUUGGAAAUAUAAAUAAACCUGCGAAACUUUGUAGUAGAAACUAAGAUAAUGUAUGGAAUAUUUAAAAUAAUAAAAUAAAAAGUUAUAAAUAAACCAUUUUCUAAUAAUCAUCGUUCCCAAACAUUUUUUUUAGAAUUUAAUUUACUCACCAUUUGUACAAAAUGUUUCGCUGCUCAGUUGGUCACAUAUAUUAUUUUACUGCAAUUCGUUUCAUAUUAUUUGUAUUCAUUUUUCUUUUUAAAUAAUCUCUGACUAUUUUAGAAUACAUUCUCAAAAACUGAUGACAAAUAAAUAAUGUAAGAUCUCGGAACGAAUCAAAUAAUAACAAAAGGUAAAAUAAAUAUGUUUUGGUACCUCAUGAGUGCCUAUUUAAAAAAAAAAAAAAAUAAAUGUUUAAAGUUUGAUGAACGGGUUUCCCAACCACAAAUAUCGAGGUACACAAUUAAUAUGAAGGCAAAGGUAAAUAACAAACAGUGAUAACGAAUCUUGUUUGCACAACUGAAAUUAUCACAAGACCCGCCCAAAACGAGAAAAUCCAUCGUUGACAAAAGCUAGUGCUUGAAACCAUGGCUUUGGCAUCUGUUCGUUGCGAGGUAUGGCUAUCGGAUUUAUCGGUGGGCGGGACCCGUGGACCUGCAAUCAUGGCUGUAACUGAUUUGCAUAAGUUUUACAGCGAGCUUGCCGUGUGGGCUCAACAAGUUGCGAACGCAACAGUUGGCCGACUAGCCACAUGCCAGGGGAUGCAUGCAGCACGACAAAUACCUCUCCAAAUCUCUGCUGCAGCCAGCUCUUAAGGAACAGUAAGGCUGGAAGCUAUUUUGUUUACUUAAAUUUUAUUUCCUUCCAGUGUUAAAAAUAGUCUUUUUUUUAUGAUCCACCAUAAAAGCGAGAGUCCCAAACACAAGCUACCUAUAAACAGUGUUAACGCUCAUGUUUGUCUUCUUUCAGUCAGGGUUAAAAAAGCGAUGGUGAUUACUGACUCCUUAAAAUAGUUUUGGUCAAAGCGUCCGUUAGACAAGAAGAAGAAGAAACUAUACAAAAAUGAAAUGUAUUGAAAAUAAACUAUCGACUUUAUUGAUAUCAAAAUAUUUAUUUUUAAAUUAACUAAACGAGUAAUGAUGAUUAUGUAUUGAAUUAUCUACUUACAUUCGGUUGGCCAGCGUGAUCCAAGAGAGUUAACCAAAAUCAAAGAUGGAACUUAUCACUUCAUAACACUCGCAAAGCACGGAUAUAACCAAGAGGCCGGCUCUUGUGAAACAAGAUGGGACUGACACAAACCGAACAGAGGGAAUGCGG